AUGAUUUUGAUGAGUAACGGUUUUAAGAAUUCAAUUGCUGAUAAUGAUUGGAGUUAUCAAAGUCCAGAUGAUUGGCAAUCAAAUUAUCCUGACUGCGGUGGUGACAAACAAUCACCAAUAGACAUAAGCACAAACAAUAUGACAUCCAAAAGUUCUCUUGAUAUAAAUUGGAAAAAUUAUAAUAAACCACCAAAAUCUAUGAAUCUUACUAACAAUGGACGAACAGUUGAAUUAAAUGCGAUAUUUAAUGACGGUGUCGAAAUUCCAUCAAUCACAUCAGAACGAUUCGAUGGUGAAUAUGUUUUUGCACAUGCUAAAUUUCAUUGGGCAUCAAAUGAUGAAUCAGGAAGUGAACACACUAUUGAUGGAGAAUCUUUUCCAGUGGAAUGUCAUUUGGUACAUUAUAAAAAAGAUUAUGGAUCAUUUGAUGAAGCAAUUAAAAAAAAAGAUGGACUUGUUGUUAUCGUUGAACUUUACAAACCAGUGGAUACUGGAUCAAAUACUUUUCAUAGAAUUACUCCACAUUUUAAAAAUAUUGAAAAAAUUGGAGAUACCACUGUUAUACCAUCUUACUCAUUAUCAAAGUUUUACGCUGUUAAUUCAAAACAUGAAUGGAUUUCUUACGAUGGAUCAAUGACCAUUCCAAACUGUGCUGAAAAUGUUGUUUGGAUUAUAGCAUUUCCAGCUUAUGAAGCAACUCGGGAUCAGAUUAAAAAAUUUAGAUCGAUUAAAUUGGCACAAGGAGAUGAUCACAAUAAUCGUCCAGUUCAGCCUAGUAAUGGACGAGAUUUUACAAAUUUAUUUACAGAUUGGAGUUAUAAAGAUGCAGACAAAUGGUCAACACAAUUUCCCGAGGCUUGUGGUGGUAAAAGACAAUCACCUAUUAACAUAGAAAUUAAAAAUACAAAACAUGAAGAAGGUUCUCUAAAUUUAACUUGGAAUAAUUAUGAUAAAAUUCCAAAAUCCAUGAGUCUAAAUAACACUGGACGAUCAGCACAGGUUGAUGUCCAAUGGAAUGAUGGAGAUGAGGUUCCAUCAAUCACAUCAAAUAUAUUUGACGGUGAAUAUAUUUUUGCACAAGCUAACUUUCAUUGGGGACCAACUGAUGAUUCUGGAAGUGAACACACUGUUGAUGGCAAAUCUUAUCCACUGGAACUUCAUUUGGUACAUUAUAAAAAAAAUUACAAUUCAUUUGAAGAUGCAAUUAAAAAUAAAGAUGGAGUUGUUGUUAUUGCUGAACUUUACGAAGUAGUAGAUUCUGGACCAUCAACUGAACAUAUUGCUCCUUAUAUUGAUGACAUAAAAGAGGUAGGAAGUACAGUUGAUAUUAAUGUUUUUCCAUUGUCAACUUUUUAUGCAGUAAAUUCAAAAAAUAGUUGGAUUGCUUAUUCUGGAUCAUUAACAACAGCAAGAUGUCGUGAAGUUGUUACUUGGAUUGUAUCAUAUCCAGCUUAUCAAGUUGCUCGAAUUCAGGUGGAAAAGUUGAGAUCAAUUAAACUAGCACAAGGAGAUGAUCACAAUAAUCGACCAGUUCAGCCACUUAAUGGACGAGAUGUUUGUUUUUAUGAUUCAUAA